UUAAAUUUUAGUAUAAUAUAUUUAUAUAUAUAAUAAUGAAUAUUUUGAAGAUACUUGUAAUUUUAAUUACUUCACAUUACGUCCAAUCAUGUACACUCUUUGGUAACGUAGAUACAAAAAAGAUUAAGGAGCUGAAUGAAAUUUUUAGUCAAAAAAAUUGGAUUGAGUUGACAAAAGGCUAUGAAUAUUAUAAAUAUAAAAAUCAUGAUAAUAAGAAGCAUGAUAAUAAAAAGAAAAAGAAAAUAAUUAAUCAACGCAGGCUUUUUGGACCCGAUUCAAAGAAGGUAACCAGUAAAAAUUUAAAUAAAAAAAUGAGAUAUGGUUCAAUAAUACUAAGUUCAAUUUACUACAACGUUGUUGAAACAUUUCGUAAACUUCAAUGGGUUAUUAGUUUUUAUGUCACAGAAAGAGAUAAAUCGAAGAAUGCAGAAAGUAAAACAAAUAAAAAUAUGAAAUCUGAGAGAUUAGAAUAUGAAUAUAUGAAUGAUUUUAAUUUUGAUGAUACAAUUAUUCAACAAUUAAACUAUUUUAAUGAAUCUGUUAAUAAUGCCAUCCCAUUGCUAACUUGUAUGAGUAAUGCACUAAGUUUUUUCAAUUACACAACCCCUGUUCUUACAACUCUACAAAAAUUAAUAGAGUGGCCAUCAAAAAAUNACAACCCCU